AUGAGAUCUUUGAUUGAUGUGAUUCCAAAUCCAGUGUUUCCUCCCUUCUGGACUUUUUUUGGUUUGAUCGAUAACACAGAUAAGAAGGCCAAUUAUGUUGUUAAGGUCUGUGGAAUUGAUAUAACACCUUAUCCUGUUAAAAGAGAUGAUAAUAUCAGUGGCGGAAAGUUGGUAAUUGACGUCAAGUAUUUAUUCCUUCAUGUUCACCAAGAGACUCAUGACAUUUGUAAAGAAACGUCUUGUCCAGUUUCUGGUGAUUUCUUGCUUUCACACUCUCAAGCUUUACCUGGAAUCGCUCCUCCAGGCUCGUAUGCUCUUACGAUGAAAAUAUUGGAUGAAAGCAAUCAAGAGUUGUCAUGCAUAACCUUUGGUUUCAGUAUUAGUUUACUUGCAGAACCAAUUCCAAUAGCAGAUGGUUGAGUAGUCUUCAACUCUGGACCAAGUGUGUCAUAUACUUUACAAAUUCUGUAAAUGUAUGAAAUUCACUUUUAUUAGUAACCAGACUCAUUCUUCUA